UCCCGCGCGCGCGCGAUGGCACCGGAAUCAGCUUCCCCGGAGACCGUGGGCUCGGAGACGCGCCUGGACUCCCUCCUGCAGUCCCUCUACGACCUGGGAGAGACUGAAGAUGAAUCAGAACAGAAGAGGAUCAGAAAGAAGAGGGAAAACAAGAAGAGAGAUGUGGGAGCUGCAGCAGCCAGGUCAGUGGGGCCAUCUUCCCUGCCUGCUUCACUUGAAAGAGGGCAGAGGAAGAGUGCUUCCAGCUUUUUCAAGGAACUCAGAGAAGAGAUGCAUGGUGCUCCUGAUGUCACCUCCCAGGAUCCUCCUUCAGGACCAGAAGUCUCUGCUGCUACAUUACCACCCUUUCCCCACAUAGAAGUGGUCAAAUUUCACAGCAGAAAUAAAAAAAGAAAACUGCAACCAGAACAAGAUGAGCACACAAAGAGUAAAAUUCUUGUCCUUGAAAAAGAUGUGGAUAUUCAAGAAUUUAACUUGGAAAAGGCUCGUUUGGAAGUGCACCGGUUUGGGAUCAUGGGCUAUGGGAAGGGAAAGGAAAGAGUCCUGGAACAGGAGCGUGCCAUCAUGCUGGGUGCUAAGCCUCCCAAAAAGAGUUAUGUGAAUUACAAGGUUUUACAGGAGCAAAUCAAAGAAAAAAAGGCAGCAAAGGAAGAAGAGAAGAGAGUGGCACAGGAUACAGAUAUUUUCAAGAAAAAGAAGAGGAAGGGGCAGGAAGACAGAAAAUCCAAAAAGAAGCCGGUUUCUAGUACUUCAUCAAGUGGACAAGUUGGACAGGUUGGAAAAUUCAGAAAUGGGACAUUGAUUCUGAGCCCCCUUGAUAUCAAGAAAAUAAAUUCUUCCAGAGUGGCUAAAUGAAAUACUUUAUCAGCUAACAAGAGGAGUGGGAACAGGUGAUCCUGCUGGCACUGGGCCCUGCCAGACCCAGACUCCUCACAUUCCACAAGAGAACAGGUGAGGCCGCGUUGCCAGCUGUUGGUGAGCACAGCAAGUGUCACCUCCACUUCCUGCCUGGUACUUAGAGCACUUGCUUGUGAUGCAGUUUUCCAUGAUCACAAUGUCUUGUAAAUGCUAGUGAUUGACAUUAAAUUGCCUUUUGACUUUUGGGGGGGUACUGGUGGUGUACGCCUUUUAACAUUUGUGACUACUUUUACCUUAUGAAAGAAUUCAGAAUGUGGUAAUUAUUCAGUUUUGUGGAAAAGCAGUUUUAAUUUUUCAGCCUACUUUGUAUAUAAAGUCUACUUUGUAAGAAGUUAUAUAAUAAAAUAUUUUUUUGUAUUUGUAUUGACUGCUAAAUAAA